CAUGCUCCUCUACAAAUUAUGCUCUUCUCCCCUUCUCGUCUUCUUCCUAAAUCCGCCACUCACAUUCUCUUUCAAACCCCACAUUCUUCCAAAACCACUACGAUCCAUGGCCUCCGGCAACAAUCAAUUCCCUCCCCAGAAACAGGAUGCUCAGCCUGGAAAAGAGCACCUCAUGGACCCCACUCCCCGUGCGGCCACUCACCACUACAAGCCUGCCAACAAGCUCGUGGGGAAGGUGGCCUUAGUGACCGGAGGGGACUCCGGGAUUGGGCGGGCCGUGGCGCACUGCUUCGCUUUAGAGGGCGCCACGGUGGCCUUCACCUACGUCAAGGGGCAAGAGGACAAGGACGCGAGCGACACGGUCAACAUGCUCUCCAAGGCCAAGCACGCUGACGCCAAGGACCCCCUCGCUAUACCCACCGACCUCGGCUACGACGACAACUGCAAGCGUGUCGUCGACGAGGUCGUCAACAGCUUCGGCAGGAUCGACAUCCUCAUCAACAACGCUGCCGAACAGUACGAGGCCGGCUCCGUCGAGGAGAUAGAUGAGCCCCGCCUCGAGAGGGUCUUCAGGACCAACAUCUUCUCUUACUUCUUCACCACCAGGCAUGCUUUGAAGCACAUGAAGGAGGGGAGCUGCAUCAUCAACACGACUUCAGUGACUGCUUAUAAAGGGAACCCGAAGCUGCUGGACUACACAGCGACCAAGGGGGCGAUCGUGGCCUUCACGCGGGGGCUUGCGCUGCAGCUGGUGCAUAAGGGGAUACGCGUGAACGGGGUGGCGCCGGGCCCUAUUUGGACGCCUCUCAUUCCAUCCUCCUUCACAGAGGAUGAGAGCGCCAGCUUCGGGAAAGAGGUGCCCAUGGGGAGGGCGGGGCAGCCUCACGAGGUGGCGCCCGCCUACGUGUUUCUUGCUUGCAAUGUCGAUUCGUCUUACAUAACGGGCCAAGUCAUCCACCCUAAUGGAGGAUCAAUCGUCAAUGGCUGAUCCGCUCAACUGUGCUUUUGGCUGCUACCUUAUGUACCGCUUUAUACUUAUAGAUAUGUAUGUGUGUUGUAAUGUAGACUAUGAUGCAAGUAGUCACAACAAAUGGGUUUCACCUAAAUAAACUUUUGUAUAUGUAGUUCGAUCU